UUGAAGGGAGCAUUACUGGCGUGACACCGUUACCAUGGAGACACAACCAUUACAUCCGGACGACGCUCUGUGAAAAAGACAAAAACAUGGACUCUGACUAUAUCAAACGGCACUUGGGGAAAUGUCUGGCAGACGGACUCGCUGAAGUGGCCGAGCAGCGUCCCGUUAACCCCAUCCAGUAUCUCGCGCACUGGCUCUACAAAUUCAACUCAAAUGUAGAAUAUGAGACAAAGAAAAAGGCCAAUUUGGCACUCCUGGAGCAGGAGCGGGCGAAAGCCAGAGAAAAGGCAUUGGACCAGGAGAAGCUGAGGGACGAGGAGCGAAAGAUCACCGAGGCCGUGGAAGAGUCUAAAAAAAUCUCUGUGAAGGAUGAUUCACCCAAGUCAGCCCCAACAGGAGCUGCUGAGGACAACUCACCUGUGGCAGAAGAGAAAACAAACACUCCUGAACCAGAAAAGCAGCAGGACACAGACAAACUCCAAACUGAAGCUAAGGAAAAUGUCACUGAACCGGAGGUUACAGAUAAUGUAACCAGUCCAGAGUUCCCUGAGAGAAAAGCUUUGGAGGCCAGUAUUUCUUCCCUCUCUGAGGUCAAAGAGGAGUCUACAGAAAUGCCUGUUGAAAAAACCAAAGUGGAGGUGAGGAGCGAUCAAGAAGAAGAGAAAACAGAGGCGGAGCCAAGUGACAAUCAUCUAGAAGAGAAAACUGCAAACAGCGAUCAAAUAGAAGUAAAAGAAGUCGACCACGAUGAGGAGAAGGUGGUUGGUGAAGCUGACACGACUGAGUCUGAGCAGACUGGAGCGUUACGGCUCGACUCCCAGACGAGACGCUGAUGACUUAAAAACAGACAAAACAGAAGAGCUGCAGGACAAACAAAGCUCUCAUUCCCCUCGAGACACAGUGAAGGUUGAUGAAGAUGAAACGGGUAAGUUUGAGUCAGCACAGCAGAGUGAAGGGCUCAAACCAGAGGAGACAUUUUCUACUGAAGAAACUGAACAGGAGACACAAAAGUCUGGUUCUCCACUUCUUCAGGAUGAGGAAAAGGAGGCAGACGGGCAACGCAGCAGUCUGACCACUGUUAGCUCGGCUCCAGCUGACGGUGACGUAACAGUAAAGGGGACAGUGCUGAGCGAAAGCCCACACAAGGAGCCUGAACACUCUUCUUCUGACACGGAGGACGUCCAGGAGAAGGAAGAAGAACAGGAUGCAGAUCAUACAUGAUCAAGGCAGUGUUUGAUGAGCCAUCUUUUAAGUUGAAAUGAUGUAUAGCUUCAGUAUAUGUGUAGUUGGAUGUGCAAAUAUAAAACAUGCAAAGAAAUAAACAUUUAUCCCCAAUGAUCUUUAUUUAUUUA